CAAAGAUAAGUAAAUUAUCUUAUGAAUAAUUUUUAAACCAUAUUUAAACAGAGUAUUUAGAAAAAUAGAAGAGUGGUUAUAAUAAACAACUAAAAGAGAGUAAUUAAAAGAGAAUAACUUACAUAUUUAAGAACAGAUGAAUAGUUCCAGCACUACAAUUCUUGCAGGUUGCAGAACUGUAGAACCAAGCUGCAAGAAGGAAGGAAGAAGACAAGCCGGAAACCGAAACCGGUCGAAGUAGAGCGGGAUAAAGAACUAGAAAGAGCGUCCAUAUUGUUUUUAAAUUGUAUAAUAAAUUUAAAUAACUUCUAAUAUUUUGUGAAAGGUUUUCAGCCUCUUCGCGGGGCUUAAUUUUAUUGUAGUGCUAAAGAGGUACCUCAUCAAGAUGUCUCGAUAUUCAGACUGUAAAGUAUAUGUUGGAGAUUUAGGAAAUAGUGCCUCUAAACAGGAAAUCGAAGAUGCUUUUAAAUAUUAUGGACCGCUACGAAACGUUUGGGUAGCCAGGAAUCCACCCGGCUUUGCUUUUGUAGAGUUCGAAGACGCCAGAGACGCAGAAGAUGCUAUUCGAGGAUUAGAUGGUCAUAGAAUCGGCAGUCACAGAGUGCGAGUAGAAAAAUAUGGCCGGACGAUAUGUGGGCGAAGAGCUAGAGUCGAGAUGUCCAAUGGGAAGAGCGGUAAUGGACGUUACCGCGGCCCCCCUCCCCGAUCUCGUGGAAAACCAUUUCACCCGGAUGACAGGUGCUAUGAUUGCGGAGAUAGAGGACACUAUGCUAGAGACUGCAACAGAUACAGAUCGUCGAGGAGGCAUAGAUCCAGAUCUCGUUCUAGAAGCCGUUCCAGAGACCGUCGUUCGAGAAGCAGGAGCAACACCCGUUCCAGGAGCCGCUCCAGGAACCGUUCCAGAUCCGAUUCUAGGAAGAGAAGCCACAGUCGCUCGCGCAGCAACGAAAAACGCUCAAGAUCUAGAUCAGCUCGCUCUAGAUCUAGAUCGCAUAGCAGAUCUGUCAAAGAAAACGGCAACGCGAAAGAUUAGUGUAACAAAAGGGGAUUUCGAACAUCCCCGAAAUUCUACUGAAUGUUUCUCAAUGUCGUAGACAUCCUCCGCAAGAUUUCGAUGAGGACGGUGUUUGGAUUUGUUCCACUUCUGUUUGAUUAACAGAUAUGGUUGUUAAUAUACGUUUUGCGCACCUGUUGUUGGAUGUUAUAUGUAACAAAAAUCGUCCUCAGUGUUCCUAAAUUCUUGAUAGACUGGACAUCAAUAACAAGCCAAGUGGCACAUAGUCAAACUUUUAUUUUGGAGAAAAAUUUUAAUUUAUUCAAUUUAAAUUCACUUUAAAGUCCCAUCUUCCCAGAUAGCCAGUGUUUUGACAUGAAAUAUUGACAUAAAAACCUUAAACUGAUUCUUCUUCGCUGAUAUAUUUACCAAAGAAUAUAGACGUUAAUAGAAGGCUACUGCCCUGUAACGUUUCAGCAUAGGAUUUUGUGUUCCUACUGAGUAGGUGCAUGUGGCCUGACAACGACUACAGUAUUUUCAAGAGACAACUAAAUGUGACCAUCUGUUCCAUUCAAACUUUUCUUCUAGGAGAGUAUAUUAUAUUCUUUGUAUUUAUUUCCAAUGUAAAUAUCAAUUUGUGGUUACUACAUUGUAACCUAUUUUUAAUUGCUGAUUAUACCUAUUAAACUGACGUCACAAUGUUUUGCACUAGCACCAAAUCAAUUUCGAAGUAUUGUUGGUCCUUCCAGCAACAAAAUAUGAUUGUUUUGUGUGUCUCUAGAUGACUAUUUGUGUGUUUUUGUUAAUCCUUAUAUAAUAGGACGAUCACGCUUCUUAAUCUAGUGGAUGUCGGCUCCAUAUAUUCCUAGCUAGUCUAAAUAGAAUGUUCGUCAACAGGUUCAACGUAUUUUUAAUGUUCUAUGAAAAUACAUGACAUCGCGCUGAGUUCAGUUUCGACUCAGCAUACUUUUUAAGUCAAUUUCUUCUAUUUUGUGGCAAUUUGUUAUUGAUGUCCAGUUUUUAUAUAUUUGACUCACCAUGAAAGGCAUCAGCCAUUGACAUUAUGACUUUGAUUCACCUAAUGCGCAGUAAAAGAAUACAGUAGAUCGUAUGUUGUUGUUUUCAGUACAAUUUGAAUACUCUUGAUGGAAUCUCAAAAUAACUUACUCUAUGAAGUAACGAUGAUGAAUUUUAUCUGUAGAUAUUCUCAAAUUGACUCACAUACUUGUGGUGACUUUCAAACAAAUUCGUAACACCGUAACAUAUUAGAUCUACAUCAGCUAAAUAUUGGAAAUGGGAAAAAUAGUUUUGUCACUUGUAUUACUGUAGUAAAAGUCAUCUAAAGUGUAAAGCAAAUGUCAACGCAUGUAGUAAUAUUCUGUUUUGUGGUUUUUGUGUUAUAACCGUUAAAAUGUGCUCACGUUGCCGUUUCUCACGGCAAAAAGCCGUUUCUCACGUUGCGUUGUCCAGUAUUUAGUUCAAGUAUAGGUUUGAAUUUUUAUGAAUUGAAGCUUUUUAUCCUACAAAUCAUGUCACGCCAAAGCCGCCAUCUGUUGGCUAGUUUUUGUACUUGUAAUAACAUCUCACAUAUCUUAACACUAGUUUAAACAUGAGAAAUGUAACGUUUUUCUCAAGUAUUGCUAAAAAUCUUCAAAAUUGGCCAUUUUUGAUAAUGAUUUGAUAGGAUAAUACGUCAACAAUUAUGAGCAGUCUAAAAAUUCAUAAGUGAUCUUAAUUUCAAGGUUGUUGAGUAUCUGUGAAUUGUAAAAAAGGGAAAUUUUGAUUGCAUUGGAAAAAUGGAUAAAGUAAGCUCUGAUGGAAAAAUCUCAAUAUUAUUGCCAAGUGGUGUCAAUGUCAGAAACACUUGGUUUCUGACAUUGAUUAGAGCCUCCUCGAAACUAAUCAAUAUAUCGACUCUAGUUCCAGUAAUUUAUUCUUUUAUGGGCAAAGGCUGCAAAACAUUCAUUUUUUUUUUGUUUCAACUUUCAUAAAAAAUAUUGAUAUUGUCUAUUUGUGAUUACCCACUCUCUAUAAUCCCAUCGAAAGAAGGUAUCUUUUUCUUAACACAUUGCGUGCCACGUCGCUCAUAUAUGAGAGACACAGAUAUUUUGCCAGGGGCCACGUCGCAUUUUGAUAUACGCGUAUGUGUAUACUUUAUGACCGUGGAUAUCAAUGGCCCCUGAGACUAUUCUCCCGAGUAAAGCGUGGCACGCAAUGUUUUAAAUCAUGAAAGGAUUCCUUUUGAUUUUUUACAUGUGCUUCAGGACGGCUCUUCCAAUCGGUUAUUGGUAUUAAUACCAGUAACUGCAUAAACACUUCUUCAAAAGCGUAGAUUCUGUUUCUUGAAUGGCUUAAAUUCAAUCAGCCUUCAAUAAUUUCUUCAAUUUGGAAACAUCACUUCUAAUAAAAUUAAUGAGGUUUAAUGUACAACAUGUAAUCGAUGGUGUCAUUUAUUAUACUUCCAAACCUGUUUACUUGUGAGAUUUUUAUCAGUUAUAUAGAAGAUGAUAUAUGUUACACUUCAAAAACAAAUUUUUGUUUGAUAAGAACCUUAAUUUCACAGUAAAUAAUUGAUAAAAGCCUUAAUUUUUACCAAAGUUAUCAUCGCGCAGAUAAUCAUAUCCCAUUUUGUGAAUUUCCUCAUAAAGCGCACAUGUGUUAUCGUUGCUAACGCAUUACUGACUAGCUACAUAUCGCGCAGACUCCUUCAGGCUGUGUUGCCAACUUGUGUGUUUCAACAAUCAAAUGGGCAAGUGCCACUUGCUCAUGUGACUGUGACUUGUGACCAUACCAUAAUUAGUGAGGUAUUAAGACCCAGAACAUGUGAAUUUUUAGAUAAUAAAUCCGAUAUAAUUGAUGUAUCAUAAGGCAAUGUCUGAUAAAAGCGUUUUUUAACUUCGUUGUUCUUAAAACAUUACUUAUGUGGUGUAUUGAAUCUGACUGUGUAGGAAUAAAAUUAUACAAAAGAUACAUAGAUGUAUAAUGUUAUGUAAUUUGUGUUUCUUCAUGCUUAGUUGAUUCUUAUUGAUUCAUUGCAGAAACUUUCAGUAGAACUUAUUUCGUAAGUAAUUAUAUAACCACAUUUUUCUAUUGUUUAGCACUCUGUAGAGUUUAAAUAUAACUUAAUUUAAUUUAUGUCUGCUUAUAAUACGUAAUACAUUGGUGUUGUAUAAA